AUGGUUCCUCUGGGUCGCUGCUUUUCUGUACUGCAUCGUCAAGGUUUUCCAGAAGGCCGAUACCAUCAGCAUUCGCAUCUUGUCCGUCUUCUUUGGUAUCAUGUUUUUCUGUCUUCGGUAAGCCAUGGCCCACUCACUGCCUCCCUCCCUGUACAUGAGGAGGCAGCUAACAGCGACAGUGCCAUUUUCUUGCCCAUCAUGGUCGUUACCCUUCCGCUGCCCUCGCAGGUCGUCAAGUACUUUCCCCAGGACAUGGUCGACUUUUUGCAGUGGUUUGCUUUCUGGUCUUUCGCCGGUCUAUUGACCAUUCCCUGGCUGUUUUGCGUCUAUCAGCUUGUGACACACUCGGUCGGUCGGUCGCGCAGAAUCAAGUCGGUUCUCGACGAGGCCUCUGCACCAAAGGUUGUCAUCAUCAUGCCUUGCUACAAGGAAAUCCCCGAAAUUCUCCUUCGAACAUGCGACUCGUUGGUCGACUGCGAAUACCCUCCUUCUUGUCUGCACAUCUUUCUGUCCUUUGACGGAGACCAGGAGGAUGAAUUGUACCUGAACACGAUUGAGAAGCUCGGCGUUCCCCUUACCCUUGACUCCUACCCCAAAUCCAUUGAUGUCAUUUACCGUAGCUGUCGUAUCACCGUUUCUCGAUUUCCCCACGGCGGUAAACGCCACUGCCAGAAGCGGACCUUCAAGCUCAUCGACAAAAUCUACGCAGAGUACCUCAAGCGCAACGACAACCUUUUUGUCCUCUUCAUUGACUCGGAUUGUAUUCUGGACAAGACGUGCAUCCAGAACUUCAUGUACGAAAUGGAACUGAAGCCGGGUAGCAAGAAGAACAUGUUGGCGCAAACCGGUGUCAUCACCUCGACGACGGAAAAGAACUCGCUCAUCACUCUACUUCAGGACAUGGAAUACGUCCAUGGCCAACUGUUUGAGCGAUCCGUCGAAUCUGGCUGCGGCGCUGUCACUUGUUUGCCGGGUGCCUUGACCAUGCUCCGUUUCUCCGCUUUCCGCAAAAUGGCCAAGUAUUAUUUCGCCGACAAGGCUGAGCAGUGCGACGAUCUCUUCGAUUACGGAAAGUGUCAUCUGGGCGAAGAUCGCUGGCUUACUCAUUUGUUCAUGAUCGGCGCAAAGGAACGAUACCAGAUUCAGAUGAACACAGGAGCAUUCUGCAAGACGGAAGCUGUCCAGACGUACCGAUCGCUUCUGAAGCAGCGUCGCCGAUGGUUUUUGGGUUUCAUCACCAACGAAGUAUGCAUGUUGACAGACAUUCGUCUCUGGAAGCGCUACCCAAUUCUCCUCAUUGUUCGCUUCAUGCAAAACACCAUCCGUACCACUGCCCUCCUCUUCUUCAUCUUGGUCAUCUCGUUGAUUACGACUUCCCAAAAGGUUGCCAACCUCCCCGUCGGUUUCAUCGCCAUCUCCCUCGGGCUUAAUUGGCUUCUCAUGCUCUACUUUGGCGCCAAGCUCGGUCGUUACAAGAUCAUGUUGUACCCGCUCAUGUUCAUCGUGAACCCCUUCUUCAACUGGGUCUACAUGGUCUAUGGUAUCUUCACUGCCGGACAGCGUACUUGGGGUGGUCCGCGUGCCGAUGCUGGGUCGGCUGACACCAACAAGACACCCCAAGAGGCCAUUGAGCAUGCAGAAGCCACGGGAGACGAUCUCAACGUCGUGCCAGAGACUUUCAAGGCUGCCGCUGAGGCUAACAAGCACCGCCCGGCCGCCAUUCCCCUCCAGCCCUCGGACAAUAUCGAUGGACGCUUCGCUCCCGCCGAGAGGCUACCCAACGGCUGGUACCAACAGGGCAACGACUCUGGUCUCACGCUACCCAACACGAUGCCUCGCAACCCCAAUGUUCCCAAUAUUCCUCUACAUCCUCGCUCUUCCAUGGACUCGUUUGUCUCGGGCACGUCUGCAAACAACUCCAUUUACCUGCCACGCCGUGUCGAGAGUUUCAUGGACCCAGAGGAUGCUCGUAUCUACCACAAGCAACAACAGACUCAGAAGCCUGCCGGUGGAGCCUACUUUGAGGAAUCGCGACAGCCCGGACCUUAUGAGAUCAGCCAGGGCUCUGGAAAGUCUCCUUACCAGGAGUCUGUCGACUCACUACAGUCUGACGACUCGGUGUACAUGUCCAAGGGUCCUCAAAGGCCUUCGCAGCAGCGCAUGAACAGCGGCGAAAACCUGUCUGCAACCCGAACCCCUACUCAGAACUCACCUCUCUCCACCGAGUACGGCAACAGCCCACUGGAAGCGCCCAAGCAAGCGUACAGCCGAACCAACAGCGGCGGUGACCAACGCAGUGGACGCAGUCCCCUUGCUCGUCAAAGCUACAUCAGGACCGCACCUGGCGAGAACAUUGAGCUGCAAGCAGCCCAACAGGGCAGUUUAAUGCGCGAUGUCUCCCCUGCGCCACUGGGACAAAACCAGCCCUUGAGCCACGAGCGAAGUGAAUCGACCGACUCGAAGAAGCGCAACAGGCUUAGCAAGGCACCGCCUUCCAGCCGCAAAUGA